CCCUUAAACCCCAAAACGCCGCCGUCUGGUAUCGCCUAUUAACAAACCCUGCGCCAUAUAUACACUUGAGUUUCCGAAACUUAUAGCAGCAGAACUACAGCGAACUCCAUCGACCAAAGAUCUCUACUCUACACUGCAGUAAAGCCACCGUCGCUUUUCUCCUUUCUUAGUCUCCCAGUCAUUACUGCUUGAUCUUUGUUGGGUAAAUUACCUUUCUUUAGAUAUCAAAUUCUUUGGCUUUCUGUUAGUUUUGUCCAGACGCUGAUGGAAAUAAACUUGGGGAAAUUGGCGUUUGACCUCGACUUUCAUCCAUCGGAGCAAUUAGUGACUACAGGUCUCAUCGAUGGCGACCUUCACUUGUACCGAUAUUCAUCUGGUUCAGUACCUGAAAGGGUUUUGGAAGUUCAUGCACAUAGCGAAUCUUGCAGAGCUGCUCGGUUCGUCAACGGUGGCAGUGCCAUUUUGACGGGGUCUCCAGACCACACAAUUCUUGCGACGGAUGUGGAAACUGGCUCUGCUAUCGCUCGCCUCGAAAAUGCUCAUGAGGAUGCAAUCAAUAGACUUAUAAACUUGACCGCAUCUACCAUUGCCUCUGGAGAUGAUGCAGGCUGUAUUAAGGUCUGGGAUACCAGACAGCGAUCUUGCUGCAAUUCCUUUCAAGCUCAUGAGGACUACAUCUCCGAUAUGACCUUUUCAGCUGAUUCCAUGAAACUCUUGGGAACUAGUGGGGAUGGAACUCUGUCUGUUUGCAAUCUUCGAAGAAAUAAGGUCCAAGAUAAAUCUGAGUUUUCCGAAGACGAGCUACUGUCUGUUGUUAUCAUGAAGAAUGGUCAGAAAGUUAUUUGCAGCUCACAAACUGGGAAUAUAUUGUUGUAUUCAUGGGGUUGUUUCAAGGAUUGCAGUGAUCGUUUUAUUGAUCUCUCUCCAAAUUCUGUUGAUGCUUUGUUGAAGCUUGAUGAAGAUAGACUUAUCGCUGGAUCUGAGACCGGACUUAUCAGCCUAGUAGGCAUAUUACCAAACAGAAUCAUCCAACCAAUUGCAGAGCACUCAGAGUAUCCGGUAGAGCGUCUUGCUUUUUCUCAUGAUAAGAAGUUCCUGGGCAGUAUAGCACAUGAUCAGAUGUUGAAGGAGGUAUCUAGCAGUUUUAUGCAUUCUCUCCUGAUUACUGUUUCUUGUAGCUGUGGGAUAUGGAUGAUAUAUUGCAAGGCUCUGGAAAUACUUCAAGGACUCAAGCAACUGUGGUGGACAGUGAUAGUGAUGAGAUGGAUACAGAUAUUAAUACUCCAAAGUCUAGAAAAGGAACAAAGAGAAAAAAUGCAAGCAAAGAUCAUGUUAUGGGUUCACACAACUUUUUUGCCGAUUUAUAGAUGGAUGGUUGAUUACAAGUUCCCUCUAACUUUGACAGACGAUGUCCCUGAAGACCAUAAGCUACCCUUGUCAAUCACAUACUGCUAGAAAGAAGUUUGGUUCCUGGGGAAUUUUGGUUUCUUCCUUUGUGUUGGGGAAUUGUAAAAUAUUCAUUUUUGAUAUUUUUACUUUUUUGUCCUAUUUAUGUAUGUUAAUGAAGGGUCUCUUUAAUUUGGUUUUUUUGCUGCUCCAGAGUCCAGACAGGGAAUUCUAUGUUUACUAGAAAUAUCACAAGAUUUGAAAUAUUAUCUUACAGGCCUCACAAGACUUGCAAUAAUAA